CUUGAGCAGCUUUGGAGUAAAGACCGGACUGAAGCCUCUUAUGUUUAACAGCUGAUUGGCCGCUACCGUCACGCUUUCUGAACUUUAGCGCAGAGGAAUUCCUUCAAGAAUACAAGACUUGUCAAAAUGAACUUGUCAUAUUUGGUAGCGUGUGGACUUAUGGUCACCCUGCUUUCAGUAAGGAUGGGGGCAAAACCUGUAUCUCAGACGCAGCAGAAGUCACUUAGAAGUUUGCUGGGCGAGGAGCUGACGGAGUUUCUGGAGUCGGAGGAGAGGGAGAGGCGGCUAGACGCUGUGCGCUCUCGUAUACGGUUACUGGGAGAUUUACGCACGGACACCCGGGCCAGAGGGAUGUGGGCUCGUCUCCUAAAUGACCAACCCGCACCGAGGAGAAACAAAUCGGGAAACAAGAAGGGGGGUUCCACGUCGCGAAGUGGCUGCUUCGGACACAAGAUGGACAGGAUAGGAACCAUCAGCGGCAUGGGCUGCUAGGGUUGGAGCAGCGCUGUGAUGAUCUCUGGACGAUGGGUUGGAUAACAAAGGUUCAGUUUGUUCUCACCUGAGGGAGAAAAAAAGAAAAACUAAAGUGACGGAUUUUCGGUACGAAAGUCAACACGACCAGCAUAAACAAAGACUGAGAUAACAAUGCUACAAAACCCUCAUAUAUAUAUAUAUAAUGGAUAUGCAGGUAUAUAUACAUAUAUACAUAUGUGUAUACCAUACAAAUGUUCGACAGAUGCAUACUACAAGAUGGCGGACAAUGGUGUAAAAACUACAAACCGCAAAGCUGUAUAUUGUUGCUGCUGCUGCUGCUGCUGCUGUACAUUCAUGUACUUCAUCUUCCCCUGCAUAAAUGUAUUUAUGUUUAAAAAAAAAACUAUUUAUAUGUUUAUAAAAAGAGAUAUUUAUAAAUAUGAGUUUUAUUUAUGUAACAUUUUGAAAAUGGAUGCAAACUGCAGGUCAAUUCUGUUUGUAACUUUUUUCUUUUGUCUCAAAUAGUUGUAAAUGUUUUCAAAUAUGAUAAAAAGAACAUUCCAUGUGCACUUA